GUCAGUGGAGUUUGGUCGCCGCUUCGGGCGCCGCGACGCUCCUUCAAGGCGGGAAGUCUAAAUUUACCGUCGCGCCCCUCAACGGUACGAAUCGUGAUUCACGCACCCGUUUAACGUUUACGUUCAGCAAUUAUUUCCACGAGCGGUUAUGAGUUCGUUGAAGAGUCAUCGCGUGUCAGAGACCGAGGUCGAAAAGCUCGGAACCUCGUCGUCGAUCGCAGGAUAGAAAAGUGGGAAUGAUAAAGAAAAGCUUACCAUCGGUUCACGGUGCAUGGCCUGUUUCUUUUUCUCGACUCGGAGGUCGCCGGGAGGCGAAGGAAACUUUUGGGAUAAAUAUAGUUCAACGAAAAGAUGGAAAUACGGUACCAGAAGCAACGCUGAGGUCGUCGAGGAAUCGUCUGGAAUAAAUCGUUGGGUAAAAGUUAAAAGAAAAGUUCCGAGCCGUGUUUAGUUGCCCUUGGUAAAAAACAGGCCCAGCCCGCUGAAUUUACUGUGCAAUGGACGUUCGUGGUACUUUGAACGUGAACGUUUAUAGAUGAAUUUUUGCUAUAGUUGCGAGGAACGAAAGUUUUCUAGAUAUACGGUUGAAUAUCGCAGAGAAAAUAGAAAACCGUGUGUUAAUUGUUGGUGAAAUGGUUUCCAACCGUUCAAGUUGACGGUAAUUAUUACCAAUUUGUCGCUGCAAUUAUCUUCAUCUGUCGAACUAUUUAACCCGCUGUGUUGGUACGGACUUCUUCCAACUUUCCCAGUGUCGACGUUAAACGAAAGUAAUCAAAAACACGAUUGCGGAAUCCUUUGUUACGAGCUUCCUGCAUUUGUUCAGGAUAAAUUAAGGCUGCCCCUACUGGCGCUGACUCGCCGAGUACGGUGAGCUUUUGUAACAACGUCUUCGCCCUGCGUACAAAGACACAAGUCUACCAUCCUCACGGAAGCCCGCACGGGAUACAGUGAAGCGGCGAUGUCCCUGCGGUUUCGUUAAUCAAGGUGCUGCUGCGUCCGAGUGUGGAUUCAACGAAUGAGAUGUCAGUGUUAUGCGUAAUUUGGGCGACGCUUUCCAUCAUCGCAUCGGUGUUCGCCUGCUCUGGAUUUUAUCUGCCAUAUUGGAUACAGGGAAGGCUUUUGGGAAAAGCUGACGCAUAUUUCAGCUCCUUUCGACGAUGUAAUUAUCCCCGGCUCCGUGCACCAAACGCCGCUCCGGAGAUAGUCUACGAGUGCGCAAGAUACUCCAGUUUUUGGGACAUACCCAGCGCCUGGUGGCAGGCCAGCACUGUGACGAUAGGGGUUGGAGUGGCUCUGGCGGUGAUCACAACGCUGACUCUCCUCGCGGCAGCUUCUUCGUUCCUGCCGCAUAUCCUGAGGAUGACAAGGCCGACGCGAGCCUUGGGAUCCUUGCAGCUUCUAGCGGACUCAAAGUCUUGGGGAAGUAUGGGCCUGUCGAGAUUCGAGAUCAUCCUGGAUAAUCCGUACGGAAUUUAUUACGCCGGUUGUCCAAUUUCCGGCAAUGUUUACAUAGACGUGGACUCGCCGAAAAAGGUUCGAGGGAUUGAAGUUAGGUACAAGGGCGAGGCCAAGGUGCGGUGGAAACCCGAGGGGGGAAACCAAAUACGCAAAGCAAACGAAACUUACAUGGACAUAAAGUGUAUUAUUUGCGGAGACGGCGAAAGAGAAUUUGAAAUACCCGAAGGAAGUCACGUGUUUCCAUUCACCUGGAUGCUACCGACAAAUAUUCCCGGCAGCUUCGAAAGCUUGUACGGGCGUGUUCGCUACACAGUCAAAGCAGUCAUUGAUCGGCCCUGGAAGUUUGACCACGUCCUUAAAGUUCCGUUCACCGUCGUACCGAUCCUUGAUCUUAACCGCGAACCACUUUCGUCGGAGCCGAUAAACGAGGAAAAUCACAAAACGUUUUGGGGUCACUCGGAGCCUCUCUAUAUGUCCGUUUCGCUUCCCGUUCGUGGCUACGUACCGGGACAAAAUAUACCAAUUAAAGCAAAGCUGAAUAAUAUGUCAGGCGUUGACGUUGAAAAGUUAAGAGUGGUGCUGAAAAAAUUAGUUACGUUUCAUGCGUUGGGAGAUUCCCGGACCCGAAAAGAAGUGAUAACGGAUUUCGAAGCGAACGUCGACGAGGGUCAAGAUUUGGUUCUGAUUAACCUAAAGUUACCCUCGCUUCCACCUUCCGGCCUGCAACAUUGUAAAAUCAUCGAAGUCGACUACAAGCUAAAGGUUGAGGCUAGGGUCGAAGGGUGGUAUAAUAAAAAUCUCAAGGUCAGAAUGGAUAUUAUAAUUGGUACUAUACCGCUCCUCACUUACCAAGUGCCACAGCACACUGUGUCGACAUCUGCUGUGGGUUUCGAGGGUGUAACUUCGCCUUUACCAUCCGCUCCAAAUCAGCCGGAGUCCCAACAAGAGACCUUUGUGUUUCCGACGGAAAUAGAGGAAUAUUCCUCGAGUUUACCGAAGUCCACCUUCGAAAAAUGCGAAAAUUACAAAGCAUCGAAACGUGAAAAGGACGAAUCACCGGGCGAGGAUACCGACGGAGAUAGUGACGAAGAAAUCGCUUCAUCAUUCGAUCCAAAAUACACUGUUUACGAGUUUGGACCAGUUACGCCAACAAACUAGCCAUAAACUGUAUUACUCAUACUUCUGUGUGUCAUAAUUCCACGAUACAUUUGUGUAUCAUCCGCUACAAAUAAUCGCUUAUCGUGAUGACGCUAUUGUAUCCCAUGUGAUGUCCAUGCCAAAGAUCAUUUGUUUAACUGUGAAAAUUGCUAGUUUGUUCGUUGAUACGAGAAGAAAUCGUUUUCCUUUGAUAUAUUGUGUGGUUGUGUAAGCCGAAAACACUGAAUACGCGAAAAAAUGAACAGUAAAUUAUUCUCGUAAAACAUAUUAUUAUUAUUAUUAUUGUUAUUAUUGUUAUUGUUGUUAUUAUUAUUAUCAUAUAUUUCAUCACCACAUAACUUAUGCCGCAUAUGGCAUGCAUCGGUUGCCAGAUCACAAAUGUUCCGAGUGUAAUAUCGUAUGAACAUGCGUAGAACACGGAUAAACAUCAUGAAAGGGAUUCUUUUUUGGCAAUCCACCAACACAGAUGCUUAUCAACGGAGUGCUUAUUGUAAUUCCUAUCUCGUUAAAUUCAGCUUACCGAAACCAGCAGUGUUCGUGUACCAGACUUCAAUCGUUGUUGUAUUCUGUACAGACCAAGCUUUAAACUGGUGAUGAGUAACCAUAAAUAAAUCCAAAUUAUUCGCUAAAAUAGCAACAAUUAAGUACUUGUAUGAAUCUUAAUAAAUAUGUUACACAAAA